AUGAUUGGCAGUCUCCUUUUUAUCUUCUGGCGGCUGAUGGAAAUCACCUUUCUGAUUCCUAUCAUUGGCAUGCUGGCAUAUUUUGUCCAUGGCUUCCUAGACAGUAACCAGCUCACACCAGCCUAUAUCCUGGUUCUGUUCAUCGUCAGCACCAUCGCCGUCUUCUGGUGCGCAGACACGGUCAUCCGCUUCGGAAGCACCAAGCGCUCAGCCGCUUUCGUUGCGCUGAUUGAUCUCUGCUUCUUCGGGGCUUUUAUCGCUGCCGUGUACGAGCUCCGUUUUAUUGCCGGAGCCGACUGCAGUGGCUGGGACACCAACACGGUGUCUGUCUCACUCGGUCCGUUUGGAUCUAUUGUCUACACUGGCCGCGAGUACAAUGUCAAUAAGACUUGCGCCAUGCUCAAGGCUUCUUUCGCCCUGGGGAUUAUGGAAGUUGUCUUCUUCUUUUUGACUGCCAUAUUUGCUUCCUUCAUCUUCAAUCACCACCGAGAUGAUACGGUCGUCAGGGAGACUGUUGUGCGCCGCCGAAGCCACAGCAGCCGGCGUGGACACCACCACGGCCGCAGAAGCUCGUCCAGUCGACGACAUUAUGUGGUUUAG